AUGGAAACAUCUCUGCAGGAUUAUACGAGCCGAGGAUUAUCCAUCAUGUAUUACCGAAAGAAAUCUUUGCUGUCGUCAUUUAAGGAUUUACCGUUUCCUAAUGGAACAUCCAGAAACCAUGGAUUGAAAUCAAGACUUUAUUCUAUUCAAUUUUAUUCUGGAAAAAAAGCUGAUAAUGUUGACGAGCUCGAUUUCGGAAGGAGGGAAUCAAGACUGAUGAGGAGUGAGAGUGAGUUGGAGUUUUGCGCAAUCGAUCAUUUGCUGCGAACUGUACAUACGUACAGUCAAGCCUACUGA